UUUUUCUGUGUCUGUUGGCAAGAAUGUUUGGUGUGGCACCAAACAUGGUUUCAUGUCUUACAUAUUCACUGUAUUACUUGAGUGCUUAGGAUGUUUGUGAGUAAUAUAUAUAUACACACUCAUGUAUCAAGCUUUGCCAUUGCCUAUCCCUAAACCCCUUUUCAGUUUCACUGUAAUUUGCAUAGAAUAAGUCUGAAAGAAUGGCUUCAAAUGGAAGAAAGCCACCACCAGAGCCAUCACCGCUGAGAAAGGCGAAAUUUUUCCAGGCGAACAUGAGAAUUCUGGUUACGGGUGGUGCUGGGUUCAUUGGCUCUCAUCUCGUGGACAAGCUAAUGCAAAACGAGAAGAAUGAGGUGAUUGUUGUGGAUAACUAUUUCACGGGAUCAAAGGAUAACCUUAAGCAAUGGAUUGGCCAUCCAAGAUUCGAGCUUAUUCGACAUGAUGUCACAGAGAAAUUGUUUGUUGAAGUUGACCGAAUUUAUCAUCUCGCUUGUCCUGCUUCCCCGAUUUUCUACAAAUACAACCCGGUGAAGACAAUUAAGACAAAUGUAAUCGGGACAUUAAAUAUGUUGGGACUUGCCAAGAGAGUUGGGGCGAGGAUUCUGCUAACAUCGACUUCCGAGGUUUAUGGAGAUCCCCUAGUUCAUCCUCAGGAGGAGAGUUAUUGGGGCAACGUUAACCCAAUAGGAGUCAGGAGCUGCUAUGACGAGGGGAAAAGAGUGGCAGAGACUUUGAUGUUUGAUUAUCACAGGCAACACGGGAUAGAAAUCCGAAUUGCUAGAAUCUUUAAUACGUAUGGACCAAGGAUGAACAUCGAUGAUGGUCGUGUUGUCAGCAAUUUCAUUGCUCAAGCAAUUCGCGAUGAGCCAUUGACUGUCCAGUUGCCCGGGACUCAAACCCGAAGCUUUUGCUAUGUUUCUGAUAUGGUUGAUGGACUUAUUCGGCUGAUGGAGGGAGAGAAUACUGGACCCAUUAACAUUGGCAACCCAGGUGAAUUCACAAUGCUUGAACUUGCUGAGACGGUGAAGGAGAUGAUUAAUCCAAAUGUGAAGAUCAUGAAGGUGGAGAACACACCGGAUGAUCCUCGGCAGAGAAAGCCGGACAUCACAAAGGCGAGGGCGUUGCUCGGGUGGGAGCCGAAGGUGAAGUUGCGCAACGGCAUUCCUCUAAUGGAAGAGGAUUUCCGCAGCAGGCUUGGAAUCCAAAGAAAGAGUUGAUAUCUCGAUUUGGUUGUUCAGCUGUUAUAUGUUGAACAAGUGUCUGUUCAAAUUAAAUCUUUUUGUUCUUUUGCUUACCUUUCAUGUGUUGUGUGGAUUUUGCCUUUUUCAAGUAUAGCAGCAUGCGAGUACAUGUUGGUUUUCACCACUUUUGUCUUUAACGUUUUUUCAAUCAACAAGAAUAAUUUAGUUAUGCUUGCA